AUGACGCUGGGAAUCACGGUAUGGGAUUUGCGUGAUGAUGGCGAAUGGCAGUGCACUGCCCGUUGGCGCAAUCAUUUGGGACCCAUAUGGCGCGUCACUUGGGCACAUCCCGAGUUCGGACAAGUUAUCGCCACUUGCUCCUUCGACAGAGCCAUUGUCAUAUGGGAGGAGGUCACUGGUCAAGUAAGCUGUAUUCCUUUCUCCAAUUUUCAUGCUCUUAUGUGGUCAUAUAACUUUUUAGCGACUUUUCUUUGA